AUGGAUGCUACAGUCCGAGGCGAAGCGCCUGAGCUGUAUUACGUUGCUGCUUGUCCAACCGAUAUGAGAAAACGGAGCCUGGAAUGGGAUCCCAACGAGUGGAGGUGGGAUGGCGACCUCUUUACUGCCACACCUCUCAACCGGAGCAAGCAGCUGUUUCCGUCCAAUAGCUCCUCCUCGUGUUCGGACGUCGAAUUGAAUCGAGACAGUUGUCGGGAUACUGAGAAGAAGAGGAGUGCCGACGACUGCAACCUCAGCUUGAACUUCGGGGUGGCUGCUGGGAAGAAGACCAAAUUGGGUGGCGCCGCUAUCUGCCAGGUCGAGGAUUGCAGGAUCGAUCUGACUGAGGCCAAGGACUACCACAGGCGGCACAAGGUCUGCGAGGUGCAUUCCAAGGCCAGCAACGCACUUGUGGCCAAUCAAAUGCAGCGCUUCUGCCAGCAGUGCAGCAGGUUUCAUGCACUACAAGAGUUUGAUGAAGGAAAGAGAAGUUGCCGCCGCCGACUGGCGGGCCACAAUAAAAGGAGAAGGAAAGCACAACAAACUGACAAUGCCAGCAACAACAGCCCUGUCAUUGACAACCAGACAAGCGGCUAUCUGUUGAUAAGUAUUCUGAAGAUACUCUCCAACUUGCACAACAAUGAUAGGUCAAACAGCAGAGGUGAUCAGGACCUAUUGUCUCAUCUUCUGCAGAACCUUUCCAGUCAAAGAACUUCCCAUCUCAAGGAAUCUCUAAACUUGCUCAACAAUUUACACUCACUGGAAAACUUAGAAUUACUAUCUAUGUUGCUCUCAAGGGGCUCUCUAGGACAAAGAUCUAUACAGGAACAUCGUGCAGCUCCUGUCAACGAAAUCCCAACAAAUGAUGUGGAUUUACCUGUCACGUCUCGGAGGCCCGGUAUCGUGUUGCAUACCCAAGCCAAUUCUCAAAUUUAUGCUCAAGGCGAGCAAACUUCUGGUGGAAGGGGCAAACUGAAUAAUUUUGAUUUGAAUGAUGUUUAUGUUGAUUCUGAUAUUGACAUGGACUACAUAGAAAGAUCAACUGUUCCAGAGAGUGUAGGGACAGUUUCUACUGAAUGUCCGACAUGGGCUCAUCAGGCAAGUCCUCCAGAGACUAGUGCGAAUACAGACUCUGCAUCUGCUCAAUCACCAUCGAGUUCCAGUGGAGAGGCUCAGAGUCACACGGAUCGCAUUGUUUUCAAACUAUUUGGGAAAGAACCUAGUGAUUUUCCCCUUGUUUUACGGACACAGAUUUUUGAUUGGUUGUCUCACAGUCCUACUGACAUUGAGAGUUAUAUUAGGCCAGGUUGUAUUAUUCUGACCAUAUAUCUGCGUCUAUCUGAGUCUACAUGGGAGGAGCUUUAUUGUGACCUGAGGUCCAGUCUAAAUAGGCUUCUGAGGUUGGCUGAUGACGUCAGCUUUUGGAAUACUGGAUGGAUCUAUGCCAGAGUGCAGAAUCAGAUGGCAUUUGUCUAUAAUGGUCAGGUCGUUGUUAACUACUCUUUACCUUGUGGAACUGAUAGCUAUAGCACCAUUCUAAGUGUCAAACCUAUUGCUGUUACUCCAUCUGGACAAACUGAGUUUGUUGUCAGAGGCUUUAGUUUAUCUCGACCCUCCACAAGGUUACUCUGUGCUUUGGAAGGAAAUUACUUGGAGACUCAUUGCGAGUCAACAGAACAUGUUGACGGCCUUGAGGGGCAGAUUCAAUGUCUGAAGUUCACCUGUUCUGUCCCUACAGUUACUGGAAGAGGUUUUAUUGAGGUUGAAGAUAAUGGUCUAAGUAGCACCUUCUCACCUUUCAUAGUUGCCGAGUAUAAUAUUUGCACUGAGAUCCGUAUGCUAGAGAAAGAAAUUGAAUUGAUUGAGAUAGAAAAUUUACAGAGAGGAGCAGGGAACUCUGGUGCGCGAAACCAAGCCAUGGAGUUUAUACAUGAAAUGGGAUGGCUUUUCCAUAAAUUUCAGUUGAAAUCCCGACUUGAACAAGAACUUCCUGACAUUGGCCUUUUUCCUUUCGAUCGGUUCAGGGCUCUUGUAGAAUUCUCGGUGGAUCGUGAUUGGUGUUGUGUUGUGAAUAAGCUCCUGGAUAUUCUAUUCUACGGAAUAGUGGAAGGGGGAGAGCAGCCUUUCUUGAAGUUUGCUCUGUCUGAGAUGAGCCUUCUCCACCGAGCCGUGCGUAGAAAUUCAAGGUCAAUGGUGGAGAUGCUGUUGACAUAUAUCCCCGAGAAAGUAGCCGAGGAACUGCGUUUGGAAUACAAAACCCUUGUAGAAGUUGACCAAAUUUCCUUGUUUAGACCAGAUGUUGCAGGACCCGGAGGACUGACUCCUCUUCACAUAGCAGCUGGUAGGGAUGGGUCUGAGGAUACCUUGGAUGCCUUGACUGAUGAUCCAGGAAAGGUGGGAGUUUUAGCAUGGAAGAGUGCCUUCGACAGCGCAGGAUUCACACCUGAAGGUUAUGCUCGUCUGAGAGGUCACUAUUCUUAUAUUCACCUUGUUCAGAGGAAAGUCAACAAGAAUGCAGCAGCUUCUUUUGGUUCCGGCCAUGUUGUUGUUAACAUAUCUGAGACAAUUCAGGAUAAUAGUAUCAGCAUCAACCAGAAGUCAAAUGCAGAAGAUGCUUCUGGUUUUGAGAUACAGCAAGCACAGAGACCAUGUGGCGUUUGUGCUCAAAAGCUCUCGUAUAAGACUGGAAGUCGGACUUUCCUUUACAAGCCGGCAAUGCUCUCGAUGUUGGCUGUAGCUGCUGUAUGCGUGUGUGUGGCUCUUCUUUUCAAGAGCUUACCUGAACUUUCCGUGCCAUUUAGUUGGGAGAUGUUGGAGUUCGGUUCCAGUUAA